AGGACUUGCCGCCCGAGAAACUUCCCCUCGUAGAUCGUGCACCCGCGCCACGUCAUGUUCUUUCGUGCAGAGCUGGAUGUGGCCCCACCUAUCAUCACCCUGACUUCCUGACUUCAUAAACCUUCCGUCCACCUACUCAGCCGACCCGCUGCGCCGUGGAAUUCAUUUCUCUUCCUCACAAACAGAACAGGGAGAAAGUCAAAACGCAUUCAACGAAGUCGUCCCUUCUCCGAACGGCCGAAAGGGAAAGAUCGUUGAAAAGAGAACAGUGUCAGCAACGAAUAGCGAAAGGGGGGCAAACCAUUGUUAUAAAAGCACCAUAGCAGAGCUAUCCAGGUCUGCAGUUCCACAACGGCUAGAAAUGGAUAUGGAUAUGGAUAGCCUCCGGAGCACGUUAGCAUCGGCCGCUCCCUUUCUUUUUUCACUGCUUGCGUUCUUCCUUCUCUGGGAACAGAUCGCAUACAUCCGUAAGAAACGAUCCCUCCCAGGUCCUCUUCUCAUCUUCCCUUUCCUCGGCAAUGUCGUUUCGGUAGUCCGCAGCCCUACCAAAUUCUGGGAAGUACAGGCCUCCCUCGCCAAAUCUUCACCUUUCCAGCUCUCCACCAACUACCUCUUCGGAAACUUCAUCCUCUUCAUCCGCAGCUCCGAGCUCUGCCACAAGGUCUUCGCUAACGUGCGCCCGGAUGCGUUCCAGGUCAUAGGCCACCCUUUCGGUAAGAAGCUCUUUGGCGAGCAUAACCUCAUCUACAUGUUUGGCCAGUCCCAUAAGGAUCUCCGCCGUAGGAUCGUCCCAAAUUUCACGAUCAAGGCCCUCGGCACAUAUCUCUCCCUGCAGCAGAAGAUCAUCGUCGAGCAUCUGAAGAAAUGGGAAGAACUAUCUUCUUCGGGUUCGAAGCCUAUCGCGCUCCGCUUCUUGUGCAGGGAUCUGAAUCUGGAAACCUCCCAGACCGUCUUCGCCGGGCCGUACCUGGGGUCCGGUCAGAGGAAGGCGUUCAACGAGAAUUACAAUCUCUUCAACGUCGGGCUGAUGUCGAUUCCGGUCGAUCUGCCGGGAUUCGCCUUCAGGAAUGCGAGACUCGCCGUCUACCGUCUCGUCCAGACUCUCACCGGAUGCGUCUCCGAGAGCAAGGAGAGGAUGAGGUCCGGCGCGGAGGCUACCUGUCUGAUAGACUUCUGGAUGGAGGAUACCUUGAAGGAGAUCGCCGCGGCAUUGGAUGCCGGCCGCCCGGCGCCACCACACUCCAGCGACGUAGAGAUCGCGGGCCAUCUGUUUGAUUUCCUGUUCGCCGCGCAGGACGCGUCGACGUCGUCGCUCCUCUGGGCGGUGACGCUUUUAGAGUCGCAUCCCGAGGUUCUGGCAAGAGUCCGGGAAGAGGUUGCCGGGAUAUGGUCGCCGGAAUCUGACGCGAUGAUCACGCAAGAGCAGUUGAGAGAGAUGAAGUAUACCGAGGCGGUGGCGAGAGAGGUCAUCAGAUUCCGACCGCCGGCAACUAUGGUGCCACACAUUGCGCGGGAGGAUGUCAAGCUAACUGAGUUUUACACCGUUCCGAAGGGGACGAUUGUCUUCCCAUCCCUGUUUGAGUCGUCGUUCCAGGGUUUUACAGAUUCGGACCGGUUCGACCCGGGCCGGUUCCUGCCGGACCGGCAUGAGGACCAACUAUACAGGAGGAACUUCUUGGCCUUCGGCGCUGGGUCCCACCAAUGCGUGGGCCAGCGGUAUGCGCUGAAUCACCUCGCGCUUUUCAUCGCGUUAUUCGUGUCGAUAUUGGACUUCAAAAGGGAUCGAACGGACGGCUGCGAUGAAAUCACGUACGUCCCCACCAUCGCUCCUAAGGACGAUUGCCUGGUCUAUCUUUCCCGGAGGUGCGCACGCUACCCUGCAUUCUAAGUGCUUUUCACCAUGGAGGUCAAAAUGGGAAUUUACAACAAACGGGAAGAUAACAAAAAUUCCCUUGAAGUGAACGGUUGGUCUCGAUUGGGUGAAGUCCAAUGGUUUUACAUUUUUAUGGUCCAAAAUGCCCCUUUGGGUACCUGGGCCGAGUGUGAAAAGGUCAUUUUUUUAUUUUUUAAAGUUUCUUGUCUGGGGUUGCUGAGAUGAUGAUGACUCUUCCAGUUGAUGAAGAUUUGAAGAGAGGGCAGUGAUCUCGUGUCUGGAUUAUGGUGUAUAGAUUUAUGGCAAGGAUUCUUUCAUUAGGUUUUUUACGAGUGUUAUUUAUUUUAGAAAAUGGAUGGGGCGGGACAAAAAAGGGACGAAUAAAUGUUGUGAAUGUAUUUCUUACUUUAUUUUGAUGGAUUUAAAUGCCAUGCGAAAACGCU